AUGGAAGAAAUUCUGAAAAUUCAAAAACCCAUCAUUUUUGAUGAAUCGAUUGCCCAUUAUGAGAUUCACGCGCAUCAGCCAUUUGCAUCAUCAAGUUUAAACAACAAUGAUGAGAUUCGUAUUGCUGUGCAACAUCAAGAUUUGUAUGUACUACCUUGCAAGAGUUCACUGCACAUCUGUGGACGCCUCACGAAAGGUGAUGGUACUCCUGCUGUAGCAACAAAUUUCGUUAACAAUGCUAUUUGUCAUUUAUUUGAGGAAAUCCGCUACGAACUCAAUGCAGUGGAAAUUGACCGUUGUAAAAAUGUUGGUGUGACCACCUUGAUGAAAAACUAUAUUUCCCAGAAUCCCAGUCAAACAUUUUUAUUGGAAAAUGCUGGUUGGAUUUUGCGCGAAAAUGGAAAAAUUACUGAUAAUGCAGGAUAUUUCGAUAUUUCCAUCCCUCUGAAUAUGAUAUUAGGAUUUGCUGAAGAUUAUCAGCGAAUUAUCAUCAAUCCCAAACAUGAGCUAAUUAUCACUCGAUCACAUAACGAUAACAAUGCUAUUUUACAGGCGGUACCACCAGCAGGGGGAGCAGCAGCAGAAGACUUCAAAAUUUCAUUAACCAAGCUUGAAUGGAUGAUACCCUAUAUCAAAGUUGCAGAUUCUCGCAAAGUUCAAUUGCUCAAUUAUAUAGCUAAAGAUAUACCUACACCAAUCAGCUUCAGAGCUUGGGAAUUGUACGAGUAUCCUCUUCUACCUAGAACCUCUAAGCAUGUCUGGGUAGUGAAAUGUUCAACACAACUGGAAAAACCUAGAUUCGUUGUAGUUGGAUUUCAGAGCUCGAGACGAAAUGAUAAGAUUAAAAAUGCCAGCGAAUUCGAUCAUUGCAACAUUCGUGAUGUGAAACUCUUCCUCAAUUCUCAGAAUUAUCCAUAUGGAAACCUUAAUCGCGACAUUACACACAAUCAGUACUCUCAACUCUACAAUAUGUACACAGACUUUCAAGCUUCGUACUAUGGUAAAGAACCUGAACCAUUACUGAAUAUAGGAGCAUUUCUUCAGACUGCGCCGCUCAUCAUCAUCGACUGUUCCAAGCAGAACGAGUUCCUCAAAUCUGGACCUGUGGAUAUUCGACUGGAAUUUGAAUCAGCUGAGAUUUUUCCCAACUCUACAACAGCCUACUGCAUGAUCUUACAUGAUCGCAUCAUUCAAUACAACCCCCUCAGUGGUGGAGUAAAGAAAAUGAUUUAA